AUGCAUUGGCGACAUCAGAUCGAGAGUGGGCGGAACAUCGUUCCAGUCGGACUGUUCUUCGAUACCGAUCCAAUAGUACCUCCGAGAAUGGAGCCAACAGAUGAAUUCGCAAAACGAGCCAUCACUUCGUCAGGUUCGACUGACAAGAAAAUGGUGGAGAAAGUACCUGUUAGUGACGAAGGCGUUUUGAAAGAUCAGAAAACACAGCUGAAGGGAUUCAAAAAAACUAAUGAGACGGAGACAAUGCAUAUCAAUUCCGGAAACACCAACAUAGAACCAGGGUCUAUUGCCGAGAAAGCUGUACCAGUUGUCGCUUCAGAACCAUCCCCUGCUUUUACGCCGAGUACUUUUACAGCGAACCAUCAAGUAGCCCAGUCAGAACAAUUAGCGGAAGGAACUGAAGAAGAACUGUCGGAGGAGGCGGCGAAUAGUGGGUUAGCACCACCGUCGACGCGUGAGCUCCAAGAAGAAUUAUUAUUUGUUGACAGCAAUGACACGAUGUCACCUCAAGCGCCUGAUGAGCCAUCGGGCGUGGAGAAUGCUAAGGUAUCACACCCACCAUCUACAGUAUUUGUUCCAAACAGUUCAGCAUCCGCAAAGCCUGAGUCAGGACAAAGCAAUUUUGCGAAUGCCAAACAGCAGGUGGAUUCUAUCGAUGGUUCGGUCCCUUCUCCGGCCAUCGUCAGCGAGACAGCAAAAAUCAAAGGUAUCAAGUUGUUCAGUGCUACCAUUCGAAAAGCAACAAAGAAGGAUGAGAGUAAUCUUUCUCGGUUGCUUGUAUUCAUGAAAACAGGAGAAACUAGGAAAUGA